GAAACAGUGUGUACGCAGAUUAAAUUUUGCAUCUUAUAUCUUUGCUUAUUAUGAUGUAAGAUUGCAGCCUGUUUGAAGUAUAAUAAUGCUUUUUGAACUGAAUGAUCUCUUGAGCUAACCAGUGAUUGUAUUCUUUGCAUGUCUACACUAAUGAGCAUUCGAGAUGGAUAGGCAAAAUGUGGUUAUAUUACCUUUCGACGUGGUUUUAUAAGAGUCUGUAUAUUGUAACUUUCAAAUUUAAUACAUGAAUGGAAAGCUGCUGCAGAUUAUCAAUGCUUUGGUUCAUUUGGAAUUUUAACACGUUCUAUUAUGCAUAGUGUAAAUUAGUCUAUCAAUGUUUUGAUUGAUGCAAGAAAUCUUGGCACACAGGUAUACUCUUAUUAAUGAAAGGAAAGGUAACAAGCAGAUAAUGAUACAUUUUCCUGUUGAAGGGAAAAUCACCAUUUUGGGAAACAUAAUUUGAGAAAUGCAUUGAGAGGCUUCUGUUCAUCAUUAUUGUCCCGUGACUUGAGCACUUCCAGGUGCUACUCCUGAAUUUUCUCAAGCGGCAUGUCUAAAGUUUGCAUGAGUAUGCAUUAUAACAGCAUUGGGCUUUUAAUUCCCUCACUUGCAAAUUGUAUUUGUUAUUUUUCAGAAAAGCAUGCACAGAUGGACGUGCAUAGACACUGAACUGUAUCUUAGUUUUUUCACAAGAGACAUAAAGGAUCCAGAGCAUCCUUACUCCUUGGAAGAGCUGAAAGUCAUUGCAGAAGAUGCAAUUGAGGUGGAUGAUAAUCAGAGCUAUGUAAGGGUCACAUUCACUCCAACAGUUGAACAUUGCUCUUUGGCAGCAGUUAUUGGCCUGUGCUUGCGGGUGAAACUCAUGCGAUGUCUUCCUUCACGCUUCAAGGUGGACAUUAGAGUAGCACCUGGAACACAUGCAACUGAAGCUGCAGUGAAUAAGCAGUUGAAUGAUAAAGAAAGAGUAGCAGCAGCUUUGGAAAGUCCAAACCUAUUGAAUAUGGUUGAUGAAUGCCUUGCUCCGUCUUAUGCCUCAUGAGCAAUGUAUGUGAAGUUAUAGCUGAUCAGUGAGAAAGAUCCCAGGCAUUCUGCAGCUAUCUCUGCUCGCCUUGCAUUCAGCGGACUGUUUUUUCUAGGAUAAUUUUCCUCGUUUUCUAUGAGUCUCUCUUUUUAGCUAUUAAUUUGAAGUGAUUUUUCUGCAUUUCUCCUUACAUUACUCGAUUGUUCAGAUGUAAUAUUGGCUCUGUAGGCCGUAUCAUAUGAAUAAAGUAGUCACCUAAAGAACACAUUUGUAAAUUGUAAUUACAAGUUUGUCAACACUUUAUUUUCGAGGAAUCAAAUGAUGCCUAACAAUGGAGUCAUGUUGAAC